GGAUUCGGUCAUUCGCAUGAAUUUGAAAUCUAGAAGCUAGAUUGUUGCUAUAUUGAUUAAAUUAGCCCCCAUGCCAACUGCCCAAACAAUUAAGCUUGAGGUCCAUGUGUAUUAACACCUCGAUGUAUCAAAUUAUAAAAGGGACCGGAUCAGCCACCUAAAGGCCUUCGAGUACGAAGGAGUUUCAGAUGUAAGAGUACUCGAUCUGUUCCCUUUCUUAACUUUCUUCCCUACAAAUGGCAUCAACAUCAACCAACACCAUUAUCCACGGGACCAAGUCCAGCAUGAGAAUGUCUUCCGUCGUCCCGGCAACGGUGACCGCUGAAGAACACAAGGUCCAUGAGCUCACCAAGAUGGACUUGGCCUUGAAGCUACACUACAUCAAAGGGGUCUACUUUUUCGGCAGAGUCGAGGGGGUUACCAUUUAUGACUUGAAGAAGCCUAUGUUCCAACUGCUCCAACUCUACUUCCCUGCCGCCGGGAGGAUCCGCAGAUCAGAAAAUGGACGGCCGUUCAUCAAGUGUAACGAUAGCGGUGUGCGAAUUGUCGAGGCGCGUUGUGACGAAACGGUCGAUGAAUGGUUGGCCAUGGCUUUGGGGGAUGAUCAUGAUUCUUCUUUCGAUGUUCUUGCUUAUAACCAAGCACUUGGUGAUCCUGAUCUUGAUCUCUCUCCUUUGGUCUUUCUACAGUUCACUCGGUUCAAAUGUGGAGGAAUGUCAGUGGGAAUUAGCUGGGCAAAUGUUCUUGGGGAUGCAUUUUCAGCUUCAACCUUCAUCAACCUGUGGAAGAAGAUCAUGGCAGAUCCCGUGCCACACAAAUCUCUGCAUAUACCACCAGACUCUGCAAAAUCUAAGCUCCCACUUUCAGUACAUCCCAUUCUAAUUACACCAAGUUUCUUGAAAAGGGUUGAUUCAGUUGGCGAUUUAUGGCUCACACCCAACAACUGCAAGAUGAAGACACAUACUUUUCAUGUUGAUGCAGAGAAAAUCAAUCAUUUUCUCUCAGGCCAAAAACCCAAGGUCUCAGCUUUUGAAGUACUCUCUGCAAUCAUAUGGAAAUCGUUGUCCAAGAUCAAGGAAAACGCAGAAGAGACAAGGAUAGUGUCUCUUUGUAAAAACAAAUCUGGUGAAAGACAAUUGGAGUUUCCAAGUAAUGAGAUGGUGUGGAGCACAGUUGAAGCAGAUUUCUGGGUUGCAGAAGCUGAGGUCUCAGAAUUGGUGGAGCUCAUUUUCAACAAAAGGAAAUAUGAGAAUGACAUGAUUGAAGAGAUGAUGGGGCACGAUAAUGAGAGUGGGGAAGAAUCUUCAGACUUCAUAGCAUAUGGGGCAAAAUUGACAUUUGUGAAUUUGGAAGAGAUAGAGAUUUAUGAGCUUGAAUUGAAGGGGCAGAAGCCAGUUUAUGCAAAUUAUGCCAUUACUGGAGUCGGUGUUGAAGGAGUUGUUUUGGUUCUUCCAGGGCCAAAAUGUGGUAAGGAGAGAAAUGAUGUUGAUGGUGAUAAAAUUGUGACUGUGGUUCUGCCUGAAAAUCAACUUGCGCAGCUGAAAGUUGAGCUCCAAAAGAAUUGGAAUAUUGCUUGAAAUCGAAUUGCUCUUGUAAGAUUAUGCUAUGAAUUUGUCGCAUAAGUGUAAAGUGUGUGCUCUUAAAUUGAAUAACGAAUAAACCCUUAAAUGGAAGACUAUUUUUACUAAACAAAUUGAGAAGUUCGAUCAAGAUGUUAAAUAAAAAGAUUAAAUUCAGUUGAUCCUCUUAUUGAAUC